AGCUCACUGGUGACGCGGUCGUCACAUGACCAGAGCUGCCUGGAGCAGAAGUACUGCUAGUCGCCUCCGUCUGGGUACCAGCCCCCUAUAUCACUCUGCAGGCGCGUGAAGGAGAAGGAGAGUGGCCACGGGCGUUGCAGGUUUGUAGAUCUGUUGGCCAGUAGGUUGCCAGGGAAAGUCGCGGCGAGGGAAGGACCAAAGUGCCUUGGGACCGUGCAGGUCGGUGUGAAGACUGUCCAUCAAUCACUGUGGAAGGACCAUUGACCACAGAAGACAAGAAGAAGGAAAUUUACCUGGCUUUGGUAGAGGUUGGUAGAUUCAUCACAGGAGAGCCUCAGGAGCCUGGAAUAGGCUGAAGCUGUCUCCCCUCCACCAUCACUCACCCUGGCCUUAAGAACCCCCUUCUUUCAGGUGAAACAAGACCCUCUCCUGUUCUGUCCUACCCCACCCCCCCACCCCCAGCUGAACAGAUCUGAACAUGGGCCGGGCUCGGGAAGUGGGUUGGAUGGCCGCAGGACUGAUGAUUGGGGCUGGUGCCUGCUACUGCGUUUACAAACUAACCAUAGGAAGAGAUGACAGUGAGAAGUCGGAGGAGGAGGAAGAGGAAUGGGAUGAUGAGCGGGAACUGGAUGACGAGGAGCGCGAGAUUUGGUUUGAUUUGACAACUAUGGCACGGCCCUGGAGUGAGGAUGGGGACUGGACUGAACCUGGAGCACCCGGUGGUGCUGAGGACAGACCUUCAGGUGGGGGCAAAGCCAGUCGAACAUACCUGGUAAAACAGCGCCCGUUCCCUUAUGAACACAAAAAUACUUGGAGUGCUCAGACGUUUAAAAAUUUCUGUUGUGCUCUUGGCCUCUCCAAAGGCCCUUUCAUUCAGGGAAAAAUGUUGUUAGCUGAGCCCAAGGAUGCCGGUUUUUCAUUUAGCUAUGAUAUCAACAGUCAUUUGGCCAGCCUCUCCAUUGCUGGAAACACAAUCCCGACUCCCGACCCUGCUGUUGAGGAGGGAAAGGCUUUGUGUGUCCCAGAUAACUUGAAUGCCAGUGUUGAAAAUCAGGGCCAGAUGAAGAUGUGCAUCAGCCAAGUGUGUCGGGAGACUGUGUCACUUUGCUGCAACUCAUUUCUGCAGCAGGCUGGAUUAAAUUUGUUAAUAAGCAUGACAGUUAUUAAUAACAUGCUUGCCCAGUCCGUUCCAGGCUUGAUGCUUCCUUUGAUACCAGAGGGAAGUGAAUGUGCUGAGGGGCAGGUUGUGAAACCCCUGACGGGUUUGUCUGAAAAGCCAGCCUUGUCGGGGGAGUUGCUGAGAGCCCAAGUGCUAUGGCCCUUCCUGCCCCUCUUUAUCAGGAACACAAACAGACAGCUUCUCUCAGAAACCCUGGCCUCUUAAGUGGCCCCUCCAGCAGGGUGGGACUGAUCCACUCCAAAACAAAGCCCAGUCAGUGGGUGAACACACACUUGUGUUCUCAAAGACUCUGCAGUGGGUGCUAUUGAAGACCCAGCCUUAGCUGGCUCAGCACAUCUCUGGGUGAAAGUUGCAUUUGCUAAAUCCAGGACCACACUCUUACUGGUCAGGCAGGGGUUCCCACAGAGCUUUGAGUAACCUCUUGGUUUUUCAGUCUGCAGGCAAUGUGCAUUGUAAAUUGCUCCCUUGCAGCCUUCUUCCUGUGGUAAAGGGGUCCCUUCAGCUGCCAGCUGUGGUUAAAGAACAACAUGUUCCAGCCUCACUGGGGAUGCCUGGCCUGUGGUGGUCUCUGUGUCUAAGCUGGACCAUGUUGGGGAGACCAGACCCAUAUGGGGGCUUGUGCCAAAAACGUAUCAGUUGCUGCUUAGACGGGAUUCUUUCCAUUUACUCUCUUUUCUUCGCGAGCCUAUGAACGAUACCUAUUGAGCAAAAAAGUACACCCCUCUUCUAUGUGCUGUACUGACUUAACCUUGUCCACCAAGUCUGCAUUUUUAUGUAUCAUCAAUAAAGCUGUGUGCUUUAACUGGCAAAAAUGA